CAAUGGCAGGCUAUAAAAGCAAACAGUUCCGUGGGGUAUUGCCUCAGUUGGAGGCUCCAAGCGAGAAUCGGCGUGGGUUUAUCAAAAUAAAUAAAAGGGAAUUGAACAAGAAUCAUGUGCCUUAACCUUUCACUUGGCUGCUGUGGCCGCUCCUCCUCGAAGCAAAAAAAACAACAGCAGCAGCAGCAGCAGGAGCAGCACCAGCCGAAGCUAUCGCCCUCCGAAACGUCGUUGUGCUGCCAGGUGACCACCAGCCAGCCAUCGCUGACCAGCAUGAGUCCCAGCCUGAAGGUUCUGCCACCCAGGAUCGCCACAUCGAGCACCUUAAGCUCCUGGGCCGCCGAGGAGCAGCUCUACGCCGUCGACAACGAGGAGCGCACGCCCACGCGGUGGACUGCCUGGUGGCUCCAAGGAGACUCCGAUGGCGAUCAAGAGAAGAAGAACGAAUCCUCACCUCGAAACUAAAGAUUUAGCAGAAGGAAAUAACUUAAAUAGUUUCACGAACAUUAAUAAAGACUUUCUUUUAAACGAAUUGAACACUGUUAAGAAAAAUGGAAAAAUUUCAUAUUUAAUAUUAAAAACAAGUUUUUUUAUUA